AUGAGGAAACGUCUGAUUCAGGUGUUUGGAUUCUUGAUUGCUACUUUUGGCUGGCUGUUUGUGAGCUGCACGCUUGCCAUGGACUACUGGCGAGUCUUCUAUGUAGGCGGCAAAGGCGGCAACUGGAUGAUCAAGGCGACGUGGUACUGGUCAAACCUGUGGAAGGACUGUGUGAUGGACACCUCGUCCGUCACUAACUGCAGAGACUACGAUGUGCUGUGGGCCGUCACGCCGUAUGUUCAGGGAGUCCGAGGCCUGCUUCUGAUCGCCAUGAGUCUGGGGCUUGUCGCUGCUGUGCUCUGCUUUAUCGGGAUGGACUGCACCUACAUUGGUGGAAGUCAGAAAAACAAAGACAGAAUAUUAUUGUUCGGAGCAGCUUUUCAUUGUGUUGGUGGUGUGUCGGCGCUCGCGGCGUAUUGUUUAUACACAAACAGGGUCGUCAGCGCUGCCUUUUCACCCACUGUUGACAGAAGUAUUAUAAGAACGGUCAUGAUGUACACUGAAAUAGGGUGCUUCGUAGCGUGCGUUUGCGGGUGGAUCUUAGUUUGUUCCACGAUGCCGACAAAUUAUUGGACUUAUUCUGAAGUGGACAGUUUAGUUCUGACAUCUGGCCACUAUUUCUCCAACCUCUGGAAAGACUGUCUGUCUGACUCCACUGGCGUUACUGACUGCAAAGAGUUCCCCACACUGCUGGCUCUGCAGACAUACAUUCAUCUGUGCCGAUCUCUCGUCAUCGUCUCCAUAAUUCUGGGAUUCUUCGGGUCCAUUCUUGCUUUGGUGGGGAUGAAGUGCACAAAACUCGGAGGCUCUGAAAUUGUGAAUGCGAGAGUUACCUUUGCUGCAGGGAUGAAUUACCUUUUCUCAGGUCUCUGCGGUAUGUUUGCUUACAGCUGCUACGCCCACAAGGUUAUUUCUGAGUUCAUGGAUCCAAAUUACAAAGCAAAAAAGUUUGAACUGGGAUCAGCUCUGUUUGUGGGAUGGGGCGGCUCGGCUCUCCUCGCGGCGGGAGGAUUUGUGUACAGCAUCACUGCAGGGAAGGAGGGCUGCCGAUCCAGCUCCAAGACCCAAGAGACGUCCUAUCACACUCCUUCCUCCAAUCUCUCCGAAGCGAACCAGAAGACGUACAGUCCUCCGCUGUCACCCAUCCCUGACAGAGCCAACCAGAAGACCAGCAAACCUCCCAAAGGAUCUCACGCUUACGUCUGA